AUGCCCGGGCUUAUAGUAAUUGUCUUUAUCAAAAAAGAAUACCAGAACCUAUUAGCACCUAGGGAAAGUGCAUUUCAACACCUUCAUUCCAGAUACCAAGUCGAAACGCAUAAGCUUCUUAACGCUAUGUCUGAAGGAAAACAGCAGUCUCAAAACACCAAUAAACCACGCAAGGCUCCUACAGAUCAAGACGAUGAUGCAGCCACAGUUGUACCUCCCAUCCUUACAUAUUCACGGAACGAAGGCCAGUUUUUAGCUAGUGAUGCUCAUAGACCAGCCGAUGAUCAGUCCACAUUGUUUGAAGAAGAGGGAGAGCGUAGGGAGGAUGACCUGUUGCCGUCAUUGCGUGGGUCUAACUCAAAAGCACAUUUGAUCUCUUCUCAGCUCAGUCAGUGGAACUAUAACAACAACAGAGUACUCUUGAAGAGGUCCAUUUUGAAGACGCAAGUUUUUGUGGAUCAACUUCAAGAGGAAAACAAUAUUCGUCCCAUUUUUAUCGCUGCCAAUGAUGAGCGUGAAAAAUUGCAUGUUCUACAACUGAAUAUUAAGAUCGACGGACAUUAUAAUAUUCAAGAAAGGAACGGUUUUAACAUGGAGAAAAAAGCUCUAUCCAAAUUAUUUCAAUCUCAAAUCGGGGCCGUAACAAACCACUUAAACGCCCUGAAAAAAAGAGUGGAUGAUGUUUCCUCUAAAGUGUUCAUCACAGGUGACGUGAAUACUGGAAAAUCAGCUCUUUGCAACUCUUUAUUAAAACGGCGUUUACUGCCUGAAGAUCAACUUCCAUGUACCAAUGUAUUUUCUGAAAUACUAGAGGCCCGAGAAAACGACGGAAUCGAGGAAGUUCAUGCAAUACCGCUAUAUAUAGCUCCCACCCUCAAGGAGGCUGUUGACAUGUAUUCAAUACAAAAUCCAAAGACUUACGAGAUUCACUCUUUGAAAGAGCUCUCCGAUUUGGUGCCCCAGAACGAAAAGUAUGCAUUAUUGAAGGUUUACAUAAAGGACGAUAAGAGACCCGCCUCCACGAGUUUGCUAAGAAAUGGCACUGUUGAUAUAUCUUUGAUUGAUUCGCCCGGUUUAAAUAUGGAUUCCUUACAAACUGCGGAGGUUAUGUCCCGACAAGAGGAAAUUGAUUUGGUCAUUUUUGUUGUCAAUGCAGAAAAUCAGCUUACGCUAUCCGCCAAAGAAUUCAUAUCUUUAGCUUCUCGUGAAAAGAAAUUAAUGUUUUUUGUUGUGAAAAAAUUUGACAAAAUCAGAGACAAACAACGUUGUAAAGAGCUAAUUUUAAAGCAGAUCCGUGAUCUCUCCCCGGAAACACACAAACGCGCAGCCGAUUUUGUCCAUUUUGUUUCUAAAAACGGGGAUGAAAUAGCAGGUUAUCAUGGAGGUGACGACAGUGAAGAUAAUGGUGAUGAGGAACCCGAUAAUGACCCAUAUUCUAACAACGAUCCAGAUCCCGAUUUUGACAGUCUAGAAGAUUCUCUACGUAAUUUCGUUCUGAAGAAAAGAUCUCUUUCCAAAUUACUACCUGCCAAAACGUACUUGUCGAAAUUGUUGAGCGAUAUAACAUCGAUUUCCAAAUCAAACAUAACAAUGUAUACUGAAGAAAAAGAAAAAAUCAACCAAGAACUAGAAACAUUAAGGCCUGAGAUCCUAACCGUCCAAACAAAGUGUAACGAUUUGACCAACUGUGUUGAUAAAAUGGCAGAAGAAACCAUUGCGUUGGCCUAUAAUAAUACUAAAGAAACACUUCUCAGUGCUUUGGAUGUUCCAUUACACGAAUAUCCAAAGUAUCAAGGUCUUGCCCAGAUUUAUGACUUCAUUUUCACAACAGAGGAUUUUAUAGUAAACCAAAUUGAUGAAGCAAUAAAUUUGAGCGAAGUAUUUGCUAAGCAAAAGACAGACGUGCUGGUGAAGAAAAUAUAUGAAAUUGGUAAAUCCGAGCUUGGUGAUGAUUUUAUGUGCGAACGUGUUUUCAAAAGUGAACUAAUGUUUAAGAAAAAAAAACACUUAAUAGGGAAAAGGCUAAGAGUUUCUCUAUCGAUAACUGAUUUGUUUGCUCCAAGUUGGAAGGGAUUUCUGUCUUAUCUAAGUUGGCAGAAACCUAGCACGGCACCAAUCUAUGAUAUAGAGGAACAAACACAAGAAAAACAAAAUGGGCUAAUGAAAACUUUGGGAUUGAAAAACUAUCCUCUGACACAAUAUUGGUCAAGACCAUCAUUACUUUUCACAUCAAAAAUUCCCACACUGACUUUAUACUUUUUGGGUAGUACAAAAGUAGUAGGCAACAUCGUAUUAAACGGUAUCAAAUUAUCAUCAUGGAAUUCGCUCAAGAAAUUGUCGGUUCCCAUCAUAGUAGUAGGUUCCCUGCUAGGAAUCACAUAUCUAAUUCAUGACUUGCCUCGUGCUCUACCAAUGAAUCUUUCUAGCAAAUACAAAAGAAAGCUACAAGAGGUAGAAUACAUUCAUCUUAACGCGCAAAGAACUUCAAACGAAGUACGCGAUGUUUUACGUGUACCCACCCGUGAAAUCCUAAGGUCAUGCGAAAUAAUCAUGGACAAGAAGCAAGUCACCAAGAAAGAACUGGAAAGCAAAAACGAAAAUAACACACUAUCUAUCAAAUUCUUCGACUCCCUAUACGAAGGGACAAUGGCUCAAAAAUCAAUAGUCGAAGAAAUAAACUUAGAUAUUGAUUAG